CUUGUGUGGACUCUCCCUGGAGGCUAAGUCCUGGAAUUCUGACCUCCAGUCUGGCAGUCCCAGCCUCCGGGGGUUUGGACGUGAUCACUCAUGGGCAAGGGGUUUGGGAUCCUGAGGAAACCCUGCCAGUCGGUUGCGACUGAGCCUCAGCAGCACUCAGAACUGGAGGAAGAGAAAAACAUGAAGAGGAAGAAAGAGCUGUCGGGAGAACAUGGCAGCGCCUGGGACAGCCCUUAUGGUCUGGUUGGUUUACACAACAUCGGACAGACCUGUUGCCUUAACUCCUUGAUUCAGGUGUUCAUGAUGAACGUGGACUUCAGGAAGAUACUGAAGAGGAUAACCGUGCCACGGGAGGCAGAUGAGCAGAAGAGAAGUGUCCCCUUUCAGCUGCUCUUGUUGCUGGAGAAGAUGCAGAAUAGCCGACAGAAAGCAGUGCUGCCCAUGGACCUUGCUUGCUGCCUUCAGAAGUACAAUGUGCCGUUGUCCGUCCAGCACGAUGCUGCUCAUCUCUACCUUACAAUCUGGAACCUGACUAAGGACCAGAUCACGGACGUGGACUUGGCCGAGCAGCUGCAGGCCCUGUUCACAAUCUGGACCAAGGAGUCCCUGAUUUGCGGGGGCUGUGAGGCGGAGAGGAGCAGAAGGAGCAAGCUGCUCACCCUCUCUCUUCCUCUCUUUGAUAUGGACUCCAAGCCCCUGAAAACGCUGGAGGAUGCCUUGCGCUGUUUCUUCCAGCCCAAAGAGUUAGCAAGCUCAGACAAGUGCUUCUGUGAGAGCUGUGGGAAGACAACACCUUGGACACAGGCUCUGGAACUGACUCAUUUGCCCCAAACCUUGACCAUCCAGCUCAUGAGAUUCUUCACCAGGAACUCACAAACGGAAAAGAUCUGCCACUCCGUGUGUUUCCCCCAGAGCUUGGAUUUCAGUCAGGUUCUGUCAACUGAGAAAGACUUCGGUGAUACCCAGGGACAGUCUGAAGUACACUAUGAACUCUUUGCCGUGAUUGCUCAUGUCGGGAUGGCUGACUUCGGUCAUUACUGUGCCUACAUCCGGAAUCCUGUGGAUGGGAAAUGGUUCUGCUUCAACGAUUCACACGUUUGUUGGGUCACCUGGGAGGACGUUCAGUGUACCUAUGGGAAUCACAGAUAUCGGUGGCGGGAAACUGCUUACCUCUUGGUUUACAUGAGGACUGGACCCUGAUGGGGAUACAGACGCCUUCAGAGAGUGAUAGGUUCUUCUCUCCUUUCCUAGUCCCACGUCUGCUCCAUCUUCAAUGAGAAUCAUAAUUUAAAAACCAUAAUUAAACCUUAUUUAUAAGCAAGAGUUAUUAUUGCCAUGGCUUAGAUGCAGUUUGUCUCCCAGAAGUUCACACAUGGAAGGCUUGGUCC